AUGCACCCUCUAAAUCCCUUUCUCCGUGCCUUCUUCCGAAGCACAGUUCCGGGGCAGUGUAUACCCACCGAGAAUCAUGUCCUCCUAGUACCUGUCACGGAAUCGCUGGUCGGCUCGCGCGACCGCGAGUCAUCCCUCUACUACUCCGAUCUCGUCGUAUCCGAAGAAUUCUUGGGAAGCCAUACCUUGCGAAUACCAGUGUCCACCGGGGCCGGCGGGGGAAAGGAUGACUCAAAUAUACGAGAUAGCCGGGGCAAGGCCAAACAAGUGACGACGGUCAACGGGCGCACGGUUAUUAUCAAGGAGAAUUCGGUGUACAGUAACAAAGGCUUCAAGUCCCUGAGCCAAGCCCAGCUGUUAUCCGAUGCGCUGUACUACAACAACAGCAACGACUCUCAACCAUGGCUGAUCUACUACAUCUCACGGCCGUUGAUCGGCUCAUUCGACCCCGGAAAGAUAGUCACUGCUGUAGUGCCGGGCAUGUUACCAAAGCGCGACAUCAUAGGCAACGGCAUGAAGUCUAGCGAGUCCGUUUCGUCGCCACCGAAGAAGGAGAUCAAGACAUUUGGAGAACUCCUCGCGCACUUCCCGAUGAUUGCCCGGCAGAUGCAACCUGGAUUGGAGAGAUUGUUCAAGGAAUUUGGAAAGGAGCUGGGGAAACCGUUGCCACCUCCGCCGUCUCGUUCGCCCCUCAUAUUCGACGAAUACGAACGGAAGCAGAACAACAACGAGAUAACCGCCGACGAAUCUGCUUCUAUCCGUAGUUCAGCUUCUCGCAACAGGGAGGGCCUACCCUUCAACUCCGAAGAGUACUUCGAGGAUGACGAGGAUCUGAUGCGUCGAAGUCUGGAGACAGCUGUUACUGCCGCAAUUGACUUGUUUCGUUUAGUGGAUAAGCAGCAGUUGUCUUUUCUAGGUGCCACCACCGAUCUAACGGGACCGUUGGUGGAAAGGCUCAUCGAGCGCUACGUCGCUGAGCAGGUGCACGAAUCUCUUCUCUUCCCUCGUCUUUGCAGUUUCCGCCAGCCAGAAGACGCAGAGCUAGACUCUAGGAUUCGUUACAUGGAAAACAUUGACAUCUCGCAAGUGGGCAUAGUUGUCGAUGGUGGACGAGAGGGUAAGCGGGAAUUGUUACAGCGCAUCGGGAGAGCAGUGGAAGAGUUCCGCAAAAUGCUAGACGCCAAGUGCCCCCACGACAUGUUGAGCACUCUACUUCAGACAAUCAAACUUCUGUCUUAUCCAGGGAAUUACGAUAGAGCGGGGUCUCUUGCAUCGGAAAAGCAAUACGCGCCGGUAACGAUCAACGCUGAUAUUCUGGUUUCAUUGCUGCUGGUUGUGGUCAUCAGAUCCCAAGUGAAGAAUCUGCAGGCGAGGCUGAUGUACAUGCAACAUUUCAUAUACAUCGACGAUGUUGACAGUGGUGAAAUGGGCUAUGCGCUGAGCACUCUCGAAGCUGUUCUUACCUAUCUGGUGACUGAUUCCGCGGGUCUCCGGCGAGCCAGUAUUCGAAACAGGCGCUUAUGGAAUGCAACUAAAGGCGGACGUGUCGUGGACAUGAAAGCCAUAUUAGAGCCAAAUGGCGACCAGGAGUCGCUAGACGAAGUCCCAUGCGAGCCCGAAGAAAGAACUGUUGCGUUUCGGACGCAUGACGAGGAUAAUCUUUGUCAAAGUCCACAUGAGCCCUUGCUUUUGCAGGAUGCACCGUUCGAAAUGAGUGUUCCUAGUGGGACAGCGCAUGAUGAGGAACCCUCCGAGCCACCUCCCCUUUCUCAUGUUUUUCCUUUCCAGACGUGGACGAACACGGCCCCUCCGAAAGAGAUCCGACGCCCUGUGAAGAAGGUUUCCAUGGAUGUCCGCAGCCUGUCUGAAUCAUCUGGGAUAUCUUUGGCUUCCCGGACAACGGGAAUGGGCUCAAUUUCAAGCGCGAUUGAGGGGGACAGCUCAAUUGAGACAUUGACGAAAACGCAAGAUCCUGCAGGCGACUCGAUUCCGAUGAUGGCCGUAGAAAGCCGCCAGCCAGACGCCUUGAAAUACCUGCUGAGCCUUCAAGAUUACUAUCCGCUGGCGGAUAUUCUCGAGGACACAAAUACAAAUGGAACCACACUACUUAGUGCUGCUGUUCAGCUUGCUCAUGUCGAAAUGGUGGACAUUCUAUUAAACUUCCUAUUCAGUUCAACGGAUAAGCACACCAUUGCAUCGUACCUACAAAAGUCAGACAUGCAUGGGCGUACGGUUGCACACUACCUCUUCAGCACGCCAUCGGUAAUGCAUAGGUUGGAGGGACUGCUGCCGUGGUGUCAACGCGACAAGCAUGGACAGACGCCACUGUUCGCUUUAUGCAGGUCUUACGAUCACCCGGACUACAACUCGAUGGUGAAAGAAGCACUCACGGCCGCUCAAAUCGCCCAAGGUGAUGGCAAGCCCUUGCGCCUCGAUAAUCAUGUUGACUCUAGAGGCAAUACAUUGUUGCAUAUCGUUAGCGAUCCGGAAAUUACCAUCCGCCUCUUGCAAGAAUGUGACUGUGAUCCAAAUGCAACAAAUGAUAAAAGGUUCACUCCUCUCAUGAUGGCCAGCAAGUACGGCCGCAUCGAUCAGGUCAGGAUCCUUUUCAUGGACCCCAGAGUUGAUGUUCACCUGAAAGAAAGCCGUGGUUUGACUGCUGUCGAACUUGCUAAGGAUGAUGAAGUGCGCAAUCGCAUUGACGAUCUCAUCCUUCUCUCCAACCCCCCAUCAGCCUACGACGAGCAGUCUGGUCGUGUCACGACGGUGGUGCGCUCAUACUUUGUUGAGGAUGCGACAGUGCGCUUUGUUCUCAAGUCCGGUGCCCCGAACCCAACCAUCAACUCAGCAGAGUCCCGUCCUGCGUCAGGGACAACAUUCACAGUUACCACAUGCCGUCGCACGUUUUCUGACUUCGAGAACCUUGCAAAGUGCCUGUCCAUCGAGCAUCCGGCUUCCUAUAUGCCGUCUCUGUCCGACUUCCGUAGCCCUUUCCAGAUUCAUUCCAAACCGUCCCGCUCUGUGCUCCAUGACAUGCAAGAGAAGCUCGACAGGUUCCUCAAGGUCUUGCUCACGCAUCCAACUUUCGCCACUCACGAGAUGCUGUGGGAGUUCUUUUUGGUUCCCGAACUGCAGCCCGAGAUGAUGGCAGACCGCUCGCAGCGCAAAGCCCAGGUUCUCACAGAGUCCAUCAACGACGACUACGAACCCGUCACACCCGAAGGCAUGCGCGAGACAGAGCAAUUCGUCUCUCACGCCCAGGACAUGGUCCGCGCCGUCCACGUCAACACUCGCAGUCUGCUUCGUCGCGGCCACGCUCUUCAAAACUCUGCAUCCGACAUUGCAGACGCCGUGGCCCUCUGUGCCUCCGUUGUCUCAACCCUCAAGGAACCGACCAACGCUCUACCAGCCUCCUAUGUCGACGCGUUCACCCGCUAUGCAACCCAUCUCUCCACUUCAUCUUCUGACUCUUCUCCUCUCCUUCAAUUCCUCACGGCCCUGACCUCAAUCGACAACACCACAACCGCCAUCCUAGCAUCCCUCUCUCGUCCCAUCUCCCUCAUAAACAACCUAUCAUCCACAAACAGAAACCUCUCCCGCAACCGCUCAUCCCUCGUAUCCUCCUCCCUCCCCCGCAAAUUCAACAUCAAUUUCCCGGGUCUCGAAGAAUCCCGCCAAAAGUCCGUCCGCGACCUCGAAACCAAGAUCCAGGACUCCGAACUCCAGAUCGCUCGUCUCUCCCGCGAAAUCACCUGGAAUAAGGACGUGGUUGUCGGCGAACUAGCAGGCUGGACCACCUGGCGCGAGAAAGUCGGACGAGAUGCCAUCCGCUCCUUCGUCCGAGCAACCUUAGUCCGAGAACGCGAACGAGGAAAGCGCCUAGAGCGGUGUUUACGUGGAGUGCGCGAGAUGCGAUAG